AUGGAAUACUCACAGGAACAACUAAACUACUUCAGACUCUGCUACAUAGCAUUUGAUUUGGUUCCAGUAGGACUGCGGCAGGUUUUCAAAAACGAGUGGGAUUUCCUUUAUAAAGGAACGUUAAUUGGAGAAUGGAAAGACACGGCACAAAAUGGUCAUGAUUUCUACAAGAAGGAAUCUAAAACAAGUCGCAGGAAAAACUCUCGGUGUCUAACAACAAUAAAGAAUGGUAACACGGCAGAGUGGGACUGCACCUGUUUGUUUUUUGCAACCCUGUACUCAGCCAGCGUUGGUAGCACAUUAAGUCCAGCUGUCCGUAAAGAGGUCGAUGAUAUUCGUCAGGUGCGAAACAAGAUCGCUCAUAUCACCGAGGCUAAGUUGACAGAGACCGACUUCCAGACUUCCGUAGACAGAGUGUUGAACGCUUUUACAUCCCUUGGUCUUGCUAUAUCUGAGAUUCAAGAAAUAAAGAACCAGACGACCUUUCAAACGAAGGAAGUGGAAAAACUUAACAAGCAAGCUCGUGAUCUCCAAGCCGAGUUAGAUCAGGCAAAAAGCACUAUUCAAAGUAUGGAAGCUGCCCUAGUUUCAACAAAAGAAGAAAACAAAUCUCUUACACAGGAAAUAAGUGCCAAGCUUCAGUCAUUUUCCAUUCUCACAUCGCACCCACCACAUGUUAUCAUUAGGCGCUCGCAUGACACUGAAAGAAUCACUAAGGAAAUGAAGGAACUUUACAAUGGUUCCAGCGGAGCAGUCAGUACAGUGUAUUUGUCAGGAAAUCCAGGAUGUGGCAAGAGCCAACUUGCCCGGGAAAUUGGACAACAGUUCUUUUCUGAACAAAACGAUGAUCUUAUCUUUGCUGCGACACUGAACACAGAAAGUAUUGAGACACUUGCGGACUCUUACCUCACCCUUGGAAGACACCUAGGGAUAACAGAAUACGCGUUGACUAGCUCAGUAUCUUUAAAACAAGAGAAACCUAUUGAAGCAAUUAAACAGCUUCAUCGCUUGAUUUUGCCGAAGACCAUCAAGUUUACCAAAUGGUUGAUGAUUGCAGACAAUGUGAUUGACUUACGCUUAGUCCUCGACUUGCUUCCUCAAACUGGCAGUAAAGAAUGGGGCCAUGGCCAAGUGCUGAUUACCACUCAAGAUAGUGAUACAAUUCCUCAAAACGCCCCUCACUCGUAUCAUGAAUCGUUAAGCAAAGGAAUGAGGCGGGAAGAGGCAGUGGAAUUGCUGGAAACAGUAUCGCAAAUUUCAGAGCGAUUACAAGCAGAAGAUGUCGCUGAACUUCUCGAUUUUCAGCCACUGGCCUUAGCUGCUGCUGCUUAUUACGUGCAAACUGUUGUGUCUAGUGGGUCUUCAAAUUAUAAUUGGAAAGCAUUCCUUCAAGACAUAUCAACAUACAGCCAGCGAAAACAGACCGAAACUGUCCUUGCUAGACAGAGUUCAGCCUACAAUAAAACAACAAUGGCCGCAGUAGAAAUGGCUAUCCAAAGAGCUGUUGACACAGACGAGGUUCUUCGUUAUACAUUCUCUUUUCUUUCGCUCUGCGCUAAUGACGACCUACCACUCGAAACUCUUUUAAAGUUCGUUAAAGCCCAAGUUAAAGACCAGCCAGAGGCUUUAAUGAAAAAAAAGAUUGUAAGGUCCUCUUUAAUUCUUGUUAAUUCCGAAGAAGGGGGUGAACGAACUUCUUUACGUUUACAUAAAGUUGUGCAUGAAACUUUAAAACGACACGAGAUAGCUAACGUGAAAUCAUGUGAGAGAGACCACACCAUAGCAGAAGCGGUAAAGAUUUUCAAGUCCCAACUCCAAGAACAUGACAAGAAAUAUGCGUUUUGUAAAAAACUAUUUUCCCACUGUGAAUCUUUACUUAAGCAUAUGACGUCAGAGUUAAGUUCGGAUCAAAACAGUCUUUUAGAAAGGUUUGCGCCCUUCGUAGAUUUGGAUACAGUUAUUAAUUGGCUACAUACUCUCGCCGGAGUCUGUCUGGAAAGCUGCUAUUUCUCCUUUGCGAAACUUGUAGUCAACCUAGCUGACGAUCUACUGGGGGACUCAGACGACAAUUCAACAGGUGCGAUAACUCGUAAAUGGAAGGUUUUGAAUAUGAGUGGCCAAGUGUACAACCGCUUGGGAGAAUACAAUCAAGCCAAGGAACUUCACGAAAAAGCACUGACGAUUUACAAAAAGAUUUUUGGUGAAGAUCAUCCCGAUGUAGCAACAAGUUAUAGCAACUUGGCAUCAGUGUACGACCGCCUGGGAGAAUACAAUCAAGCCAAAGAACUUCACGAAAAAGCACUGACGAUUCGCAAAAAGACUUUUGGUGAAGAUCAUGCCGAUGUAGCAACAAGUUAUAGCAACUUGGCAUCAGUGUACAACCGCCUGGGAGAAUACAAUCAAGCCAAAGAACUUCACGAAAAAGCACUGACGAUUCGCAAAAACAUUUUUGGUGAAGAUCAUGCCAAUGUAGCAACAAGUUAUAGCAACUUGGCAUUGGUGUACAACCGCCUGGGAGAAUACAAUCAAGCUAAAGAACUUCACGAAAAAGCACUGACGAUUCGCAAAAAGAUUUUUGGUGAAGAUCAUGCCGAUGUAGCAACAAGUUAUAACAACUUGGCAUUAGUGUACGACCGCCUGGGAGAAUACAAUCAAGCCAAAGAACUUCACGAAAAAGCACUGACGAUUUUAAAGAAGAUUUUUGGUGAAGAUCAUGUCGAUGUAGCAACAAGUUAUAACAACUUGGCAUUCGUGUGCAACCGCCUGGGAGAAUACAAUCAAGCCAAAGAACUUCACGAAAAAGCACGGACGAUUUUGAAAAUGAUUUUUGGUGAAGAUCAUCCCGAUGUAGCAACAAGUUAUAGCAACUUUUCAUUAGUGUACGAACGCCUUGGAGAAUACAAUCAAGCGAAAGAACUUCACGAAAAAGCACUGACGAUUCGCAGAAAGACUUUCGGUGAAGAUCAUGCCGAUGUAGCAACAAGUUAUAGCAACUUGGCAUUAGUGUACGACCGACUUGGAAAAUACAAUCAAGCCAAAGAACUUCACGAAAAAGCACUGACGAUUCGCAAAAAGAUUCUUGGUGAAGAUCAUGCCGAUGUAGCAACAAGUUAUAACAACUUGGCAUCGGUGUACGACCACCUAAGAGAAUACAAACAAGCGAAAGAACUUCACGAAAAAGCACUGACGAUUCGCAAAACGAUUUUUGGUGAAAAUCAUGCUGAUAUAGCCACAAGCUAUAGUAACUUGGCAUUAGUGCACAACAACCUGAAAGAAAACAAUCAAGCCAAAGAACUUCACGAAAAAGCACUGAUGAUUUUCAAAACGAGUUUUGGUGAAGAUCAUGCCAAUGUAGCAACAAGUUAUAACAACUUGGCAGUAGUCUACAUCAACCUGGGAGAAUAUAAUCAAGCCAAAGAACGUUUUGAAAAAGCAUUGAUUAUUUACAAGAAGGUUUUUGGUGAAGAUCAUAUUAAUUUAGCAACAACUUAUAACAACUUGGCAUCAGUGUACAACUGCCUGGGAGAAUACAAUCAAGCCAAAGAACUUCGGGAAAAAGCGCUGACGAUUCGGAAAAAGAUUUUUGGUGAUGAUAAUGAUAAUGCCGAUGUAGCAACAAGUUAUGGAAACUUGGCAUCAGUGCCCAGCCGCCUGGGGGAAAACAGUUAAGCCAAAGAACUUUCCGACAACGCACUGAUGAUUUUCAAAAAAAAUUAUCAUGGUGAAGAUCAUGCCGCUCUAGUAACAGGUUAUAACAACUUGGCAUCAGUGUACGACCGCCUGGGAGAAUACAAUCAAGCCAAAGAACUUCACGGAAAAGUACUGACGAUUAGCAAAAAGAUUUUUGGUGAAGAUCAUGCCGAUGUACCAACAAGUUAUAACAACUUGGCAUUGGUGUACAACAGCCUGGGAGAAUACAAUCAAGCCAAACAACUUGACGAAAAAGCAUUGAUAAUUAGAAAACAAAUUUUUGGUGAAGAUCAUGUGUAUGUAGAACCGGUUCGUAGUCAGUUGGCAUUAGAAAACAAACACCUUGGAAGCAGUCGAGCUAAUUAUUGGCACGCGAAAGCAUGGUGUUUGAUUCUAUAA